UUUAAGCGCCCGGUUAGGACAUUUGUUUAUUUUCCUGUUAAACGCGGAGAGCUGAACGCCGCGGUCGCGGGGAGCGAUGCCCAAACGACCCGCGCAAACUGAAAUUGCGUAGAAAGGCGGUUCGCAGGCAGGAGGCGAACCCGCAGCGGCGCCGCGAACCCGCAGCGGCGCCGCGAACCCGCGGCUGGAGCGUCCCGGCUUUGCGCGGGCGCCGCGGGACGCCCUCACUGCUCGCACCGGUACCGGGGGUAGAAGCGGUAACGGGCUCUGUAGGUGCCGAGGCUUCGCCGCAGGCAGAGCGCCAGGCUGCGGUCGCACUCGCAGGAGAGCUGGGCGCACCACGAGGCGCGAGCUGCGGGCACAGGGAGCGCCGGGUGUCUUGAGAAGCAAUGGCCACAGCGGCUCUUCUGAACUUAGCACCAUCCGACCACCAAUUCCCUUCAAGCACAGCAGCUGCUUUCUUUUGGACAAACGCUACGAACAUGCACGUGACCAGGCCAAAAUCUGCUAAGGGACGCACGCGGUCAAGCUUCAAUUACUCUCCCCGAGUGGAAGCCUAUCCUCGCAGAGUGCCAUCUUCCCCUCCGCCGGCAGCUGCCCAUGAAUUGGCAAACAGCCGGAGAACGUCGUCGACAAAACCGCCAUUCCCGUCUGGCCAGGUGUCUCCUGAAGAAAUCCCGGAGCUCCUGCAGCAAGUGCCUUUGAGGACCUCCUCUUCCCUGAACAAGUACAGGGUGCUCCCUUCCAUUGGCAGGAAAGGCUUGGGAAACAGUGCCGUGGAAAUCGUAACCGAGCAGACCAGCAGACUCAAAAUGAGUAGGGGACAGGAGGAAGCGCCGAAAAUCAAACCUCUUUCUAGAGAACAAGGAUCUGCCAGCAUGUUGUCAGAAACUGAAGAACCUACUGAAGAAGGCGCAUGUGUUCAGUGUCCUCCUUCUGCGAAGCCAGGAGGGAAAACGAGACAAGAGAACUCUUCGUUGUCCACUUUCAAUUUGGAAGACCCAUCGAAAAAAGAGCCAAGUUUGCUGCUUGCUAUUAGAUCUCCUUCUGGUCAAAGAUUUGAGCAUCAUUUCAAGCCCACAGACAGUCUUCAGACAGUCCUUGCUGUGGCAGAACAGAAAACCAGCACCAAAUACAAACACUGUAGUGUUGAAACCAUGGAGGUACCUAGGAGGAGUUUUUCUGACCUUACGAGGUCCCUCCAAGAGUGUGGAAUCCUCCACAAGUCAGUGUUGUGCAUCCUACAGAAAGAGCAGCCGGAGGCAGAUCUCCUGGGGUGCGAGGACUGCAGCACAGAUCCCGUCGUGCCUCUGUAGGUAGUUCUGCUGAGUGCGAUGCUUUGCUUCUUGUCACGCGGCCUAAAAACUGAAACAGUCUGAAGUUUCGUGGGCCUCCUCCUUAAUCUUACCGUCUUCCAAAAGCUUCCUUUGAAGUAGACUUGUGUAUGUAAAAGGAGUGCGUUGAAAUAUUGCUUAUACCUACCGCAUUAACUGAAUCUCUCUAUAUAUUUUUUUAACAUGUACAAUCAUAAAUUACUUCUUGAGCACCACCAGCCUUUGACCUUUUUGCGACGGUCCAUUUUCUUCUUUGAAGACUGAGGUUUCUUGAUGCAUUCUUUCCUCGGAGCAGGAGACCUCUUCCGUCGUCUUGUUUGUAUUUCAGGAAUGUACCACUUCCCAGAAGGGAUUCUGAUUCAGAAUAGCAUAUUUGGGAAGACAGAAACAGAACUGUUAUACUUUGUGUGACUGUCUUCAGGAGAUCAUCAUCCUAAAGCAUGUUCUUAACCUCAAAAGUGACUGAGCCACAAUCAGAUCUGAAAACCAUCUGAAAAGAAGAGCAACAACACGUUAGAGUUAGUGGAUUAGUGUGAGGCAUUAAAUACAAGGUCAGUGGUAAUAUACCUUUGAGAGCUCAGCUAUACCUGGAUAACCUCAGUGCCUCUUUUAUAUUGUCCUUGCUAGAACAAGUGAUUAAUUUUUGGCUGUGUUGGGAGAGUAGUAGGAUUUUCUCCCUCUUUAGUUUGUUUUCUUCUGUCAUUCAACUGGCAUGACUUGCAGUUAAAAACAGAUUGCCUCCCUGGGAAAUAAAUACUGCCAUUCAACACUUCUGCAACUGAAAUGAGUUAGCUCAAGAAAGUAAUGCUUUGGGAGUUUGUUUUUUUUUUAAUAUAUUAAUUGGAUUUGGCUGGGGAAUUGGCUUACCCAGUAGAUUGUAUUUUACUAAACCAUUAUGGCUCUUUCAGACUUACUCUAUUUAAAAAGUCUGCUAGAGUAACUUGGCAGGUUUUGCUAUAAAUACAAUGUGCUUGUGUGAGGGGGAAAAAUCUGCUAAGUAAGUUUCUGGUGAAACUCCUCACAGUGCAAAGAUAAUAAUUAACUCAGACAAAAAUGGCUUAGGCUAUAGAAGUGGACAGCUUGCCAAACAACCAGGCUAGUUUUAAUAUUGUGAGGUAAAAAACAAAGUUUUUUUUUUAACCUCAGUGUGACUGCCAUCUUGGAAAAAAUAAUAGUAGGAGAAAACUUAUUCUGGUGUUGACCAAGAGCCUAGAAUUUUAAUCUGAAGUAUUCAGGGUCCACCUGUUUUAAAAAACAGCAUCUGUUGAAGUAACAGGCAGGUGGUAAUAAUUCAACAGUAGCAAUGCUAGUGCCUGCAGGGACAUGGGCUAUCAGAGCAUAUGGGUGCUCGUGGCCAAACCUCUUUGGGGAGCAGUGUAUUUCACUUAAAACGUUCAGGAACAACAGGGACAAGAAUGAACUGUGUAAACCACUUUCGGUAUUUAAUUCAGUGUCUGAUGAUUAAUGAGACACUUGGAUAGAACAGCAGUGAGCUGUGCCAGAACACUCUUAAGUUUGAGCCUGCUAAUGGUAAGGUCAUUUUUAAUGGCUCUGCGCUAUUAUCUAACGAUCUCUGUCCUUUAGGGUGAUGUUUUCCUCUUUAAAAUGGGAUUGCAACAUGUGAUCAGAGAGUAUCCUUUUUACUUCCCUUCUGCUGCUGGGAAUCUUGCUCUUUUUCCCUACUUUCAUGUCUCUGGGUGCAUCACCCAUCUCAUCCUUGUUGGGAAUAAGGAGCAGGACUGUAGGGAAAAGAGCACUUGUUACAGGUAGCCUGAGUAAGUUGAUCUGUUCAAAUCAGCUCUAAAAAUGCAGAUUUCUCUAGCUCCACUAGUCAUGACAGGAGAAAAAACACCAAAUCAGGAUUAGCAUGCAGUGCUUGUCACCUGAUUUUACGUAUAUAAUGUUACAUUUUUCAGACUGUUUUCAUAUUGUGUGAUAGGAAAAAAAAAUCAAUAAAGGCUUAAUAAGCUGCAA